AUGACCACCGCAGAGAAUGAAGCUUACGAAAAGGCAAAAAAUCAUAUUGCCGAGCUCGAAGCAGAGCUCGCUGAUUUCCAGGCGUCCUCUCGUGAACUCGAACAAGAACUUGAGCUUGAACUUCAGGAAUCCGAAGAACGACAUAAAGAAUCCCAGCUACAAAUUAAUAAAUUAACAACUGAAGUUCAAGAUUGGAAGGAUAAAUAUAAAGACCUACAAAAGGAAUAUGCAACUUCACAAGCUUCGUUCCAACGUGAAAUCUCUGCACUCAGAGAUGCUCAUAAACAAUCAAAUCAUCGACUACGCGAAAUUGAAAUGACUAAUGAUGACAUGGAACGCAACGAGCGUAUUGCAAAAUCUACUCUUGAAGACAUGGAACAAAAAUAUCAUUUAUCACUUGAACAGGUUGCUAUGCUUGAAGCUGAGCUCGAAAGUCACGAAGACCUCCAAGUCCAGAUCCAACGGCUUAAAGACGAGCUUAGAGAAACAAAUGAAGAAUUGGCAAUUGCCACAAACCGUUCAGAAACACUUGCUGCUCAAGUAAAGGUUCUUGAAGAUGCUGCUUCUGCUUCUGCUACUGCUUCUGCUACUGUGGUAGCUGUUACAACAUCGAGUCCAGUUUCUAAACGCAUGUCGGUUCAUUCACAAAAUUCUUCAAAAGAUUACUAUUACCAUCAGGAUUCGGAAUAUGUCAAGGGCCAUGCAUAUCGUCACUCCAGUCAGUCCUCAGUAUCAUCCAUAGCAAAUUCAUCUCGCAGUUUACGCAAAGUCCAUGGCAUGCUUGAUCAGAUGAAGAUGCUUGAGUCACGGGUAGCUAACUUCAAGUCCUCCCUUCCUAUUCCAGUUUCUUCAGCACCAACUACCCCGGCAUCUCCAACAUUUCCUUCUUCUUCGAGUAGAGUCCCCAGCAAUGGUGUUAAUACGGCAAAUAAUACCCGGCCGACAUCGCCUGUCCCGACAAUUCCGAAAUCUAAUUCAAGUCAUUUCUUGGCCAUAAUUACUGGACGUGAUCAGCAGCAGCAGCAGCAGCAGCAGCAACAACCCCAGUCACAAUCACAACAGACACAACAGACACAACAAACACAACAAACAGCACCGCCACAGCAAAAGACACAACAACCUUCUGCAAAUGGAAAAACAACGCCAUUAAAUAGCCACAUCCCCGUUAUCAAAUCUAAACCCGGGUCGGCUCGUAAACCCUCAGAUACAGACUUGUUUCUUGUCCCGUACACUGACGAAAACAUGGGUCCCAAUGAUCCUCCGCGCCGCACCUCACGGCCACGGCCCUUUAGCACUAUAGACUUUAACGCGUUAGCUGCACCAGAACCUCAUCAACAAUCAUUUACAAAUGCCACCAAUGGGGCUCAACUAUCAUCACCUCGUGGCUCGUUUGAAGAAGAUAACAAAACACCAACAGAGACCCGGUUCCGAAGAUCGAAACUGCCAAGGCCUCAUAGCUUUGUGAGCAUCAGCAGCUUGGACCCUAGCAUUCAGUUUGUGAGCAGACCUGGCAGUAGUGAAAGUAGCAGUGGGAACAGUAGUAACAGUAACAUCAAUGCAGGGUUUUCUUCAUCACAUGUUUCUGCAACAAUUAAGGCUCGCCGGCGGUCAUCACAAAUAUACCAAAGCAAUACCAUUUCCAAACCAGAAACAGAAACGUCUCAAAAGAAAGAAGAAGAAGAAGAAGAAGAAGAAAACAUUUUGUCUUUGUAUGAAGACAAUCCCAGUCCGUAUCCAAGUCCCAGUAAGUCAAGGCCAGGAAGUGCAAGCAGAUUACGAGCAAGCUUGGGCUUAAUUCCGCGGUCACCGUCAAUGCCUUUGGCGUCCAAGACGCGGUUUUUCAGUCAUGACGUAAUGAAUGCGGCGGUGCCUCCGCCGCCGGUUCCUCCUAUGCCUCGUUUUAAAGUUCAACCCAGCGGUGCGGCAACACAAACGACCGCCACAUCGAUACCCCACCCUGAGAAGCAGAAGCAGAAGAAAAACGGCUUGAGCAUCAACAGUGGCAGGAAAUCAAGAACCGAGAGCUCUAGUAGCAGUAGUAACAUCAGAAAACAGCAACAGCAACAGCAACAGCAACAACAACAACAACAACAACAACACCAACUGCAGCCCCACAAAAACAAUAACGGCCAUGCGCAACCUUCAGGACUUAAUCUGAAUAAUAAUACAACAACAACAACAACAACAACAACAACUGCCACAGCAUCUACGGGUCCUUCCUUUGUGACUCUGCCUGAACCGACUCAGGCUCCGGCCACCAUGAAGCGCAGCUCUUCUGUCAAGCGCGAUGGGAUGUUUACCAAAUGGUUAUCUUCUGGCCAUUCAUCUUCGCCCUCAAUCAAUAAGCAUCAAAUGGGCUGCUCUGCACCGGACAUAAGUACUGUCAAUAAUAGCAAUGAUCAUUUAAUGCCACCGCCUAGAAACCAUUCACGGGCAGGGAAACAUGCAGCAGCUACAGUGAAUGGGACAAACGGAGGAACAUCAUACCCGCCGGUCACUCCAACAUCAUCGGUGCACAGCGGUAGUAGCAAUGGAGACUACACCCAACAACCACUACCAUCAACACCGAAACGCCAUCCUAAUAAUCAAUCUGCUUCACAGGCAUCGCCGUCGACACCGCGGUCCGUGAUUAGUAAUGCGUUUACACGGCGCGCGGGCAAAGAUGGUACUACAAAUUUGUCUUCUUCGCCUAAAACUGAAACAGCAUCUACGCCAGGUUCUAAUAACAAGGCCUCUAAGUCUGUGCCGGCAUUGAUUCGGCCUACAUCUCCGGUGACGACGCCCAGUAAGCGACGUAACUUUUUCCGGGACUUGCACCGGAGUCCGGAGACAGAGAAGAAGAGUAGUGGAGAGAAACAAGGGUCGCCCGGGUCGUUUGCACACCUGCAUGCACAUGCAGCGUUGUUGUCAAGUGGCGGCGGCGGUAGCGCUGGGAAUGUAAGUAAUGUACCGGAUGAGGGUGUUUUGGGGGGUGAUGAGAACUCGGGACGUCGCACUACAUCGUUAUUUUCGCUGUUUCAUGGUCGUCAGGCUACGACUAAGUAA